AUGAGAGACACCCGCACACGUCUACAGACGGCGACCACGGCGACCACCCUUGCGACGAGUAGAGUCGGAGGGGGUGGGGGUGACAUCCUCAAUGCGGCCAAUGCGCAUACCAGCACGGGCGAGGGCACGGAGGGCAGACUGGGCACCGGGACCGGGGGUCUUGGUGCCGUUACCACCGGUGGCACGGAUCUUGAUGUGCAGAGCGUUGAUGCCAAGCUCCUUGCAGCGGGCAGCGACGUCCUGGGCAGCCAACAUGGCGGCGUAGGGGAGGACUCGUCACGGUCAGCCUUGACCUUCAUACCACCGGUAACACGGGUGAUGGUUUCACGGCCGCUGUGA